CAGCGGACGCUGCGCGUCUCCGCUUCGAUGGACAACAUGGCAAGUCCAGGUAAAGAUAACUUCAGAAUGAAAAGCUACAAGAAUAAUGCACUUAAUCCCCAAGAAAUGCGCAGACGAAGAGAGGAGGAAGGCAUCCAGCUUCGGAAGCAGAAGAGGGAAGAACAGCUGUUUAAACGCCGAAACGUUUCUCUGCCGGGCAAUGAGGAAUCUAUGGUAGAAAGUCCAAUUCAGGAUCCUGAUGUCAGCUCUACUGUACCUAUUCCAGAGGAAGAAGUUAUUACAUUAGAUAUGGUGCAGAUGAUUUUCUCCGAUGAUCCUGAUCAGCAGCUCACAGCAACGCAGAAAUUCAGAAAAUUGCUAUCUAAAGAGCCUAAUCCACCUAUAGAUGAAGUCAUACAAAAGCCAGGAGUAGUACAGAGAUUUGUGAAAUUUCUAGAGAGGAGCGAGAACUACACUCUGCAAUUUGAAGCAGCUUGGGCUUUGACAAACAUAGCAUCUGGAACUUUUCUACACACCAAAGUUGUAAUUGAAACCGGAGCUGUUCCAAUUUUUAUUAAGUUGCUUAGUUCAGAGCAUGAAGAUGUACAGGAGCAGGCAGUGUGGGCUCUUGGUAACAUUGCUGGUGAUAAUGCAGAAUGCAGAGACUUUGUUUUAAACUGUGGAAUAUUAUCACCCCUCUUGGAACUGUUAACAAAUUCGAAUCGUCUUACAACAACUAGAAAUGCAGUCUGGGCUCUCUCAAAUCUCUGUAGAGGAAAAAACCCACCUCCAGACUUCAGUAAGGUUGCUCCUUGCCUAAAUGUUUUAUCAAGACUGUUGUUUAGCAGUGACCCAGAUGUACUAGCAGAUGCCUGCUGGGCCCUAUCUUACCUUUCAGAUGGUCCCAAUGAUAAAAUUCAAGCUGUAAUUGAUUCUGGAGUGUGUCGAAGAUUGGUAGAGCUGCUUAUGCAUAAUGAUUACAAGGUGGUAUCCCCUGCAUUAAGAGCAGUUGGAAAUAUUGUUACAGGAGAUGAUAUCCAAACACAGGUGAUUCUAAACUGCUCUGCAUUACCCUGUCUCUUGCACUUGCUUAGUAGCCCCAAAGAAUCUAUUCGAAAAGAAGCGUGCUGGACUGUUUCUAACAUUACUGCAGGAAACAGAGCUCAGAUUCAGGCUGUUAUAGACGCAAAUAUUUUUCCAAUAUUGAUUGAAAUUCUCCAAAAAGCUGAAUUUCGCACCAGAAAGGAAGCAGCAUGGGCCAUAACUAAUGCAACAUCAGGAGGAACCCCUGAACAGAUCAGGUAUUUGGUAGCACUAGGUUGUACCAAGCCUCUUUGUGACCUCCUGACUGUGAUGGAUUCAAAAAUAGUACAGGUGGCUUUAAAUGGACUUGAAAAUAUUCUGCGUCUUGGAGAGCAAGAGUCUAAGCAAAAUGGAAUGGGCAUUAAUCCUUACUGUGCCCUUAUAGAGGAAGCAUAUGGACUUGAUAAAAUUGAAUUUCUUCAGAGGCAUGAAAACCAAGAGAUCUACCAAAAGGCUUUUGAACUCAUAGAACAUUACUUCGGUGUUGAAGAAGAGGACUCCAGUAUUGCACCUCAGGUGGAUGAAAGUCAGCAGCAGUUUGUAUUUCAGCAGCAGGAGGCUCCAAUGGAGGGGUUUCAGCUGUGAACUACUGAAGACAAGGAAAUGUAAACACUUGUAGGGUUUUAGUUUUAUUUGUUUUUUUCCAGAGGUCUUUUCUUUAUGGCCAAAGUUAGAGGAGAAGUUAAAUAUGUUUUGCAGAAAUAGGUGAAGAAGCAGCUCAUGCACUUUUAUAUAUUGUGUUAGAUACAACUGUUCUUUGUUUUGUAUUUUGUGUUUUUCAUUCUCUCUUCUGUACAGAAAACAACUGUGAGUAAAGAUGUCUAAGGUAAAGCAUUAAAUGUGAUUUAACAAGAACUGUUAAGCUAAGACUUGGUAGGAUUUUAGGUAGUAGAUCUGAAUUUCUCAUGUAGUCUCAAACUGCAUAUCAGCAAUACAGUUACUGACAGUUGCAUUUUUGGCAGUAGGCUUGACUUGCCCAGUCUCUUAUCAAAUCUACCUCUUGUAUUGAAGCAAAAACAUUGCUUCAGAACUAAGGCAUGAAAUAAAGAUGAGCUUGUAAGAAGCUGAAUUGGAAUGUGAAAAAUAUUUAUUUAAAUUGUAAACCUUUUAUGCAUUACUUACUUUACAAUACACUCUUGCAAUUUAUUUAUAAGAUGUAUUUAAAGACAUAAUAGAUAUACAUAUAUAAUGCUAAUUACCUACUAUGAUCUUGAAUAUAUGAAAAAGCUUGUUCUGAAGAGGACUUAUUUCAGAGGUUUUCGAAUUGCUGGUCAUUUGAUGUUGACUCUAAUUAAAGCUGCUAAAUGUCAUUAAAAGUCAUCCACAAAUACAGGACUUUGCAGUUGCUGUUGUUACCACAAGAAGGCUGUGAUACAAAUGACAGAGGUGGUGAUUUGCACAGAUCACCAAGCAGAUGGUCUACAUCUGUCUCCUAUCAAAAUGUGGUAAUGCCACUUGAGUUUGAGAAACUUUGCAAUGUCUGCCUCUCUAGUACAGUAGCUCCUUAGAAGUUUAGGCAGCAGGUGGUGUGGGUUUUAUUUGACCAAAUAUGCUACUGCCACUCGAAUGGUUCUUUAAGUUAACUAACACAGUUUUCUUUUGGUCAGAAAAUAGAAGUACUGCAGUGAAGAAUUCAUAGGGAAUCACUCCUUUCCAGUUGAAGGAAAAGUUUGUUGUAUUGUAAAUAGCAUUAAGUAUGUGGACACCAAAACUAACUAGAAGUUACUGUCAUCAAAAUAUUUAGGCUCUACAAUAUACAGUGUUUGCUGUUGAGCACUAAAAGAGAUAGAAUUCUAAUAUUAAUUCUGGAUACAGAAAAAUGUGUGCUCUGCUUUGACUUGCAUAUAAGUAGUGUUUCUGGUGUGUUAGCAGUAUAUCUCAUUUGGAGAAAUGAAUACUUUGGGUUAACUCUGAAGUGUAAUUAUUUUUUAUUACCUGUAAUUAAUGUAUUAACAUCAAAUUCCUGGGUUAAGUGAAAUCCUUUCCAUAUGAGAGCAUUUCAUGCUUUAUAAAAAGCUGCAAUUUAAACUUCAAAUUACUUACCCCAUGGCACUGUGCUUAUCACUAAAUAUUUUAAUGCACUGAAAAAUACAGGUUAAAGGUGGUAUCAUUUACAAUACCAUUUUAUAUUUGGGAUUUUUUUUUUACAUGCAAGUUCAGAUGUUUCUUUUUCAUGUUACAGCAAUAUAAACUAUAUUGUAAUUGAAUGUGGGACUUGAAGUGGAUUUUUCUAAGAUUUAAUGGUCAGUUUUGACUAAGUGAGAGGGGAAAGAAACCCCUUUUGAAGUCUUUUUAGUGGAAGAUAGAAGUGUCAGAUGUGUAAAUAGGAGUGCUGUUGCUUUAUGAACUCUGAAUAAUGAGAUAUUUUAGCAAAUGACACUUUAAACCUAGAUUUGUACAGCAUACAACAGUUUUGAAUAGUGUGAUAAUACUGAGUACAGCUGCCAAAUUUUCAUAUACUACUAGAUGAUUGUAUUUGUGCCCUUUUUACUCUCAUAGUUUUCCUUGUUUCCCUCCCAUCUGUUCAAAGUACAGGGUAGCAAUCAUGGAAGUCUACCAUGGAAGGAUUAGUAGUAAAUGCUGAAUUUCAAUGUGUAAGAAAAUGAUUCAGGUAACAGGGUAUUCCAUGGUUUCUGACAACCUUGUGUGAUAACAUAACCAGCUGUGCCUGCUUUUUAUUUGGAGGAACCCUGUAAAAACUGCAUUUCUAUAAGCCUCUCUAAUUUAAACCAAAUCUGAACUAUAAAAAUCUUGACUAAAAGACUUGCCAAGAAAAGGGGGGGCAUUUAAAGUAUUGUACUUGUUUUGAAAGAAUGUCUUCAGUUUUGUGGGUGUAUUAUUCUGUGUGUGAACAGUUAGUGACUGCACUUUAUGCGUUCAGAUAAACUCUAUUUCAUGCCUCUGAUACACUUAAAUGUAAUGGUUUCAAAAGGGAACUAAAAUGGAUGGACUUUGGCUAAUGAAAAAUCAUAAUUUAAACUCAACAUUUGGUUUACCCUAAAGAUUGUUUUAAAAUAAUGGAAAUUCUUCUUUAAAGGCUAACUUUACAGGAUGGCCUCUCCUAUUUUAUCACUGAGUUUACAUCACACUUUGUUAAAAGCACAUAAAUAAAUAAUUUAAUACAGAGAUGAUGACUUAAGGUCAGCUCUGGUCUAGUCAUUGGCAAGUAGGAGCAUGAAUAUGAUGAUGUUGCCUAAACAGCUCAAAUCAGCAUGAAACAAAAAUUAACUGUGAGGAGAAAAUGUCUUUGAGUUUGAUAUUUCAUAUAGAAUCUGUAGUGCCCCUUCAGUUACAAAGGCUGUUAAAAAACACAGGGGUUUGGAUUGUGUGAUGUUGGGUUUAACUAAAAGGGUACCAUUUGUUCUGCUUAAAUGUGAAUACUGAUGAGCUAAUCUAUGCAACUAUGCAAAGCAUAAGAUUAUUUUUUUAGUUCCCUACUCUUGAUACACUGAAUCAUACCUAAUUUUUUCAUUCUUGCACUUUUGUCUGAGGACUGGUUCAUACAGCUUUUUAAUUUUCUAGUAUUUGCUUUAAACACUGUUGCUAGCAGCAAUCAGAAAAUAGUAAUAAUGUUGGCACAGAAAUAAGUUAGCUGUAGAACAAGUUUGCAACUGGAAAAUGUUUAUUGUUGGGUCUGUCUUAAAAAAAAAUAGAAAAGAUGCACUAUUGUCUUUCCUCCACGGUUAAUUCUUCAGUUGGGUUAAAUUUAUUAAAUUGGACAACUGAGGAAUUUUGUAAUAGGUUUGCCAACUGCUAUGUGAAGUUUAACUUGUGACCUCAAGAGUUCACUGACAUCUGGAAUGAGAAAUUUUGGUUACUCAUGGCACAAUAUCUUCAUAUAAUGUAUGGAAACUACACUACCUAUUCUGACUUCAGAUAGUAAUAGUGCAUCUUUCAGUCCAGGCCAAAGGCCCAUUUCUGUACCAGAACACAUAUGAGUAGUAUGCAAUAUUAUGGAAUGUUAAACUCCAAAUACCAUACAGAAACCAAUAA